CCGGAUGUGGCUGCUGCGGCCCCUCCUCCCCCGCGCUUCCCUCAGAGCCCCCGGCCGCGCGCCGCCGCUUGCUUGCUGGUCCCCGCGCAGGCCCGUCGGGCGACGGUGAGGAGGCGCCGAGGCGGAGGAGCGGGCGGCGGCGGCGGCGAGGCGACCGCGCGGAGGCGAGCGGGCCAGGCCCAGCCGGGCGGCCGCCGCCAUGAGCGGCUCCUCGGGCACCCCGUACCUGGGCAGCAAGAUCAGCCUCAUCUCCAAGGCGCAGAUCCGCUACGAGGGCAUCCUCUACACCAUCGACACGGACAACUCCACCGUGGCGCUCGCCAAAGUGAGGUCUUUCGGUACCGAAGACCGUCCCACAGAUAGGCCGGCCCCCCCGCGAGAGGAGAUCUAUGAGUACAUCAUUUUCCGGGGAAGUGAUAUCAAAGAUAUCACCGUGUGUGAGCCUCCGAAAGCCCAGCACACGCUCCCGCAGGACCCUGCUAUCGUCCAAUCUUCCCUGGGCUCGGGCUCGGCCUCCUCCUUCCAGCCACACGUGCCUUACAGCCCCUUCAGAGGGAUGCCGCCCUACAGCCAGCUGGCUGCCAGCUCUCUGCUCAGCCAGCAGUACGCCGCUUCCUUGGGUCUAGAGAAGCUGGUGAGCCCUCCAGCCUCGGCCGCAGCUUCCAGCCCUAGCUCUUCUCCGUCUCCACAGCCCGCCUCAGAGCUUGACGUGUCCUCAGAGCCACAUCAGCUCACCUCCAAGGGAGCUGGUUUUCCGUCCGUCCCAGUCGGCAAGAGCCCCAUGGUGGAGCAGGCCGUCCAGACUGGUUCUGUCGAUAACCUGAAUGCCAAAAAGCUGUUACCUGGCAAGGCCACCGUGGGGAUGCAGCUGAACGGGCGCCCGGCCCAGCCAGGCGGCAAGGCCACCAGCGAUGUAGUUCAGCCGACAGCUGUGCAGAGUCAAGGGCAGGUGAACGACGAGAACAGAAGACCUCAGAGGAGGAGAUCAGGGAACAGACGAACGAGGAAUCGCUCCAGAGGGCAAAACCGCCCGACUAACGUCAAAGAGAACACGAUCAAGUUUGAAGGCGACUUCGAUUUUGAGAGUGCAAACGCCCAGUUCAACAGAGAGGAGCUGGACAAAGAGUUUAAGAAGAAACUGAAUUUUAAAGAUGACAAAGCCGAGAAGGGGGACGAGAAGGACCCAGCGGUGGUGACCCAGAGUGACGAGGCUCCUGCUGAGGAAGACCACCUGGGGCCCAACUGCUACUAUGACAAGUCCAAGUCCUUCUUCGACAACAUCUCUUCUGAGCUCAAGACCAGUUCUAGGCGGACUACGUGGGCCGAAGAGCGGAAGCUCAACACGGAGACUUUCGGGGUAUCGGGAAGGUUUCUUCGUGGCCGUAGCUUCAGGGGUGGAUUUCGAGGGGGCAGGGGCAACGGUACAACCCGCCGCAACCCAACUUCCCACAGAGCUGGGACCGGCAGGGUGUAAGGAUGGGGCCGCAGGUGCCUGCAGAAGCAGCACAGAAACGAAGCUGUGUCUGAGGUUAUCGGAAAACGCUGCACUUACUUGGGAGACGUGGGUCACUUUGUUUACCGAGUUUGGAAAAUUCCCGUACUACUACUUAUGUUUUGGACUUAAUUGGACUUGGACGUGGUCUGAGUUAGAACCACUUGUUUGGGGGAAGUAUUCGUGGGUAACCUCUUUGAGGUAUCUUGGCCUGUCUUUCCUCUUUAGUUGCACACAGCCUAAUUCUAAGGUUUUGGUAUUUUGGAAAAAGGUUUCUAGAGCAAAAGCUUGAUCCUCACUUUGUGACUUUUUUGUGUGACAGCUUUGACUUUUUUAAAGUGGAACCAAAUCUCAUUUGGCAAAUGUGGCAGCCAGUUGCAUCUUUAUAACCCAACUGGCCUCUGGUGCUGCUGGCCUGGCACCCCCCAGUGCCGUAGGUUGGGGUCUCAGGAGUCAGGCAGGGCCAGCCUGGGGACGUGCGGGGGUGGGUGGGCCUGGGCAGGGAGAGUGGGGGUGUCCCACGGAUCAUGUUGUAGAAGCAAACCAGACAACCCUUACAUCCAGAGCCGUGAUGUCAAGGUUGAGGGCUGGGGGGUGGUGGGGGCGGGGUGUGGGGGGGCUAAGUCCUGGAGGCUUAGGAAGGGGUCCUGAACGUGAGCUAGGAACUGUUGCUCAGAGCCCGGCUUCCAUAGGAACCAGGGUUGGGGACCAAAGCCCUGUGGUGUCCCCACCCUUCCUGCCCCGUCCCUGCCAUCCCCUGACCCAGGCCAGUCACUGUUGGACUCUGGCCACCGUUCAGUGUCUCAUCCACUUGGAAAUGAGCCAGUCUUUUUUGCAAGGUCGGUUGACCGAGAACAUAUUUCUUCUUGAUUGUAAAUAGUUCUGUGUUUUUGUUUUACAGGUGGGUGGAGGGAGGGUGGGGAAUAUAAAUUUGUUGCAUGAGUAAAUGGGUCAGACCUUUAGUAUAAGCAUGCGCCCUUCUGAUGGACAGGGCAUUGUGUUGAACAUAAGCACCUUGGUAACUAAACCCCUUUAAAUAGCUAUAAAGGUUUUAGUUCUGUAUUGAUUCAGUUACUGUAAAAGCUUGGGUUUAUUUUUGUAGGACUUAAUGGCUAAGAAUUAGAACCUAGCAAUGGGUUGCUCUGUUGGAGUAAUGUAAAUUGUAAUUAUAAAUAAACGUGCAAACCUUUAAAACUUU